AUGGCCAAGAUGGAACUGGAAGCAAAGGUGGAAAGACUGAAGCAGGAGAUAGAAUUCCUGAGGUGUGUGUACGCUGGGGAAAUUGCUCAGAUAGAAGGAAAACUCUGUGAGACCGCCAUAGUUGUGAAAAUGGACAACCGCCGAGAUCUGGACCUCAGUGGUAUCCUCAAAAGUGUUGGAUGCUGGUAUGAGGAGAUUGCUCAAGGAAGCAAAGCAGAAGUUGAGGCUUUGCACCUUGCUAGAUUCCAGGAACUUCAGGAGGCCAAAGGUAUAUACUGUAAUGAUCUAAAAUGCAACCGGCAUGAGAUUGUAGAGCUGAGACGGCUGAUCCAGAGAUUGCAAAGUGACUCUGAAAAUGUGAAGAAACCGGUUGCCAGUCUGCGAUCAGCCAUUUGUGAUGCUGAGCAACAGGGUGACUGUGCCCUUAAAGAUGGCCAGGAGAAAUAUGUUGAACUGCAGCAUGCCCUACAGAAGGCCAAGGAUGAGCUGGCAAGUAUGCUGCGUGAUUACCAGGAGCUGCGGCAUGUCCAGCUGGCCCUGGAUAUUAAGAUCGCCAUAUACAAGACGCUGCUGGAGGGAGAAGAGAACAGGAUCGAAAUCUUGGCUUGUUACUUCAUAAUCUCUAAUGAGCAGAUUGAUCUGAACGCUAUGUAG